AUGCUCGCUCUCUCCGCCCUCCUGCCAGCCUACCCCCACCCGUCUUCGGUCUGUGCGGUCGGCGACCUGCAUGGCGACCUGCAGCACGCUCUCGCGGCGCUCGCGCUCUGCGGCGCCGUCGACCCGGAGACGGGGAGCUGGGUGGGCGGCGCGAUGACGGUGGUGCAGACGGGCGACGUGCUCGACCGCGGAAACAAUUCCCUCGGCGUGCUUCGCGCGCUCUGGCGGCUACAGGCGGAGGCUGAGGCCGCCGGCGGCGAGCUGGUGCUGCUGCUCGGCAACCACGAGCUGAUGAACAUGCAAGGCAAGGUCCACUACGUGCACAAGGCGGAGCUGGCGGCGGAGGGCGGCGCCGGCGCGUGGAAGCGGCGCAUGCAGCCCACCGUCGGCGACCUCGGCGCCGCGCUGCUGCGGCACGACGCCGCAGCAGUGCGCGGCGGAGGCGCCUGCCGGACGCUGUUCGUGCACGCUGGCGUGCGGCUGUCGGUGGCGGAGCGGUUCGGGUCGGUCGAGAGACUGAACGAGGCGGUGCGGGCGCAGAUCGCGGCGCGCGGCGACGGCGACUUGCCUUAG